CUAAGCUGAUAUUGUCAAUUGUGUUGGUGUGUUUAUUUUGAUUUAUCCGUACAUAGCUUAUUCUAUGGCCCAUCGCCCAUCUUUAGCUGCGAUCCGCAGUACACGGUGGUGCAGUCGUACAGUUGGUACAGUGUACAUGGCUUCAUGAUGUGGGGUGCUAUGUAGCUCAUAGGUAGUCGGUGUUCUCAAAGACAGUUGUGUCAUGUCGUGCGGGCCUCGCAGUGCUGUGUCGCUGCAGCCUGCUUAACAUAACGUCACAGCUCCGGCAUUUACUCCGUACAGUCACUGUUGACAUGGAUAACAUUGCCCACUGUACACACCCAAUGAAGACAGCGCAAAUAUCUUGGGUUACGGUGCACCGCCUUGCUGCCGAAUUUGGGGUAUGCUUUCGCUCAUGAGCAUCCAAAACUCGGAACGCUGUGACAGUCCAUGGCGAAGUGCUAGGUGCGAAAAGCACGAGUGACGUGUUCGAAGCGUCACAAACCGAAGUGUGCCACAGUACGUGACUAUGGACAAAUUGACAGUGAUCUCGGGCACGUUGUUUUUCCUUGCCAACAUCUUUGCCAUCUUGAGUCUUGUGCUUCCCGACUGGAUCGUCUCCGACGUUGGUGGUGACACACGACUUGGGCUACUACAGACAUGCACCACGCUGCAGGGUCGGCCACCAACCUGCUUCCCUCCACGCCUGCAGCCAGAGUGGCUGCUGGCUCUUGUUUGCAUUGUGCUGGGCUGUGUGUGCAUCACAGCUACCACAGUGCUACUUGGAUUGUCACGCUGGAAUGGCCGUGUUGUUCCAUAUGCACGAUGGAUGGGUUUCUCUGCUAUGCUUCUGUUCUGCCUGGCUGCUGUAAUCUUCCCGGUGGGCUUCAGCAUGGAUGAAAUCGGGGGCGAACCAUACCAGCUGCCCAGCAGCCACCAAGUGGGCCUCUCGUAUAUAUUCUUUGUGCUUGCACUCUGGAUCACAGUCAUCUCCGAGCUAUUUGCUGGCAAGGUCUGCAUGCCCCAUUUCUGAGCAGGCAAGCUCUGGGACUUCAGAUUGCAUCAGUCACAGCGGUAAAAUCUCCACUCCUACUGUAUCUGCUCCAUUACAUUUUUCACUUUGUAAAAAAAGAAUAAUAAAAACAUUUUUGGGGAAGCUUAAACUGCGCUAGGGACGAGACACGAAGGUAGAAGAAGACAGGACGAAUGCUGUCCUUCUUGUCCUGUACUGUCCUGUCCUGCCAAAGGGCACGUGGAAUCUUGGAAGCUUUCUUCAUAGCAACACAUGGCCCAGAUAGGUGCGUCAGCAGACCGUCAGUGUAUCUUUUCAGGAAAGAGCUUCAUUUUUUGGUGUAGAUAGGGGCUUGGUAAGGGAGUGUUCCAUGGUCACAUGGUUAUGAUCGGGCUUGGGCAUGCACAUUGUUCAGAGAGGCAUCAUUGUGUAGUUUCAAUAAACCAGUUGCUAGUCUGCAUUCGCCCUGUCUACUACCUCGGUGUCUCGUCCCUAGUACAGCUUAAGUUCCCAAAAAUAUGUCUUCCUAA